AUGCAACGCACUUCUAACGACAGGUCUGGACCGCAAACCCAGCUGGUACUGGGUACAACGUCACCAUCAUCGUCAUUAUCGCUGUUUAACAGUAGGUACUCAAAGUCGUUUGUUUGGCCCGCCGACAAGCCUACUCCAGUCUUGGCGCUCAUCAAGGACAGACUGAGUAUACGGAAACAGAGAGCACUGAGAAAGAUGGGGUUGCACAAAGGUUCAGAUCUACGGACGGUGUUCCAGGCCAGAGAAGCAACUAGCGAGGAUCAAGGUAAUACAUCUUGGGAGCUGUGUUAUUGUGGCACACAGACGGAACCUCCAGAAAGCGACGAAAUAUUGAGAGGUCAACCAAAGAUCGACAGCACAAGGGGCACACCAGACAGUUUCCGAGAUGGCAUGCGCCCAGUCCCUGGUGUUCGGGAUGAGAGGGUCCAGCAGCUCUGCGAAAACCCAUAUCUGUGCAGAGAGGAGAGAGAGGAGCUGGAGAAAGCCAUCAUGAAUCUGAAACUUCGUAUCGAGCAGGCAAAAAUCGCUGCAAACAUGUACUUCCGCCAAGCUCAUGGUUGGGAGGACCGGAGUCCUAUUCCCAAUGACCUUGAUUCGUUACCCCAGAUGCUUCAAGGGCUUUACACGGUCAUGAUUUGGAUGCAGCAGCGCAUUCAAGUAUAUGAGAGUAUCUACCCUAAGCUCCGACCGGAUUACGAUGCUGGAAAGGGAUUGAUCGACUAG